AUGGGUUCAAAAGGCCAACAGGUGGACCUGAUGUCUUUGGACGUCCAGCAGCUUCUCGAAGUCAAGAAGCAGCUCGAGACCGAAGUCCAGCACCUCACAUCGUCGUUUGGACAACUGAAAGCAGCACAAGCCAAGUUCAAGAGCUGUAUCGACAGCGUUGCCAGCGUCAAGCCAGAGAACAAAGACAAGACAACACUGAUCCCAUUGACAUCUUCGCUCUACGUCCCUGGCAAGCUCGCGGACUCGGAAAAUGUGAUUGUCGACGUGGGGACAGGUUACUUUGUUGAGAAGUCAACAACGGACGCUACCAAGAUGUACCAAGAAAAGGUUGAGUUCCUCACAAAGAACCUGGAACAGCUGCAAGAGACCGUUCUUCGACAGCAGGAGAACUUGCAGACCACUGUCGAGAUGAUCCGAAUGCAGAAGGCAAGAGCUGAGCAGCAGGCUGCAGCAUCAGCACAAGGCCGAGGAGCGGCAACUGCGGCAGCAUCAUCGUAG